AUGUCAACCGACUGGAACAACGACCCCAAGGCAGCAGAGAAGACCUUGCAGGACUCUCUCGAGGCUGAACUCAAAACGCACCCGGAUCGUUUCCUCAGAACGGCGAAGGCAGACGGCAAGGUCACUUUCAAUGGCGACAAGAGCCCAUUCUACGCCAUCCAAGCAUAUGUCUGGUGCGGAAUGCUGUAUCCCGACAAUGAUGCCGACUUCCAGAAGAAGCUCCCUCAGUCCCGGUUCAAGCCUUUGGAAGCGGUCCUUCCCAAGAUCUACGAGGACACCAAAGAUGCUCUCGUCGCUGUUUCUUCCUCGUGCCACAAGUUCAGCAGUGGGCCCAUGGAGGGGGUCUUCUCCUAUUCCUCCCUGGUGAAGAAAUACGCCGUCAACGCCAAGACCUCUCUCGGAGCCGACGACGGCCUCGGCGCGCAGCUCAAGACGCUGACGUCGGACAAGUACAAGAACAAGGACAGCAUUGACGAUGAUUUCGAAGCGGCGAAGGAGCUCGCGAAGGAAAGACUGGAGGAGCUCAAGUCGGACGCCAAGGAGAAGGAAGAGCAGAGUGACAAGUUGAGGAAAGACCUUCAAGACUUCCUCAACGAAACCGAGGCCAACAAGAAGCAGGUCACCGCUGUGAAUGACAAGUAUCUAAGCCCGGUGACGGAUUCUGGGGGGAAGCAUUACAAGAAUGCGAUGGUGUACUUGAACCAUGAACUGGAAGACUUGCAGAAGAAGCUCAAGGACGCCAAGGAUGAGGCGGAUAAGCAGACCAAGGAGUUGAAAGAGGAAGGGGACCCCAAGGGUUGGAAGUUCUGGAUCAAUGUGCUCAGCGGCCCUACGGGUACUUGGAACCUGUACCAGAAGCUCAAAGACUUCAAGGAUGCGUUGGACAAGUGGUCCACCCAGAACAAGGAGACGGAGGAUGUUCUCAAAUGCCAGACUACUGUCACGGCCUUGGAGGCUCAGAUUGAUGAUUUGAUCACCAGGAUGACAAAGGCGGUGGAGGGGAUCCGGUUGAUUCAGGACACCUUCCGGCAUUUGGGAGAGUCUCUUGACCCUGUUAUCAAGGCCAUUGACAAGAUUGAGAAGGGCACGAGUUCAUCAUUGCAGGCUAUCCGGAAGUCCAACAUCAGCCAUGGCAUUCAGGAUGCUGUCACAAAGUAUGACGAGAUUAUCAAGGAAGCCGAAGACUUUGCUAAGGCAGCUCAGAUCAAGGUCGUCGAUGCUUAG